CUACACUUAGUUGUUAUUUUCAUCCUUUGUGACACAUGACAAACGUGGUGCAAUUUGUCUCCUUAGUGACGGUGAAGGAGAGGAAGGUGCUACUUACCUCUGCCUCCAGUCAAAUUGUGGUGAAGGUCGCUGGCUGUUGCACACAGCAUCCACAAAGACAAGGUUUAUCCAGAAGCAAGCGCGGCAGAAAGAAGACAGCAAGCGCCAUCGAGGACGAGCGUCUGCUUGAUGCUGUCCGAAACGGCCGUACCCUUGUUAGAAACAAGAGGCAAGAGGACGACUUUAAGAAACUGAAAGAUGGACUGGCAGAGAUGAACGCCACGGCCAACAACGAACUGUUGGCCAAAUGUGGGUCAUGUGGCAACCCCAUGAAGCUCCCAGCGGACCGUACCUGGAAAGGGCGAGUCAAGUUUUUCAAGAUUCACUAUGACAAGUGCAACAAAAGGAGACAAUCCAAUGAGACGAGCCGACAGCUGAUCAGCGACAGCAAGAACGCCAUGUCUUCCUGGUUACAGAACAAGCCAUCCACGUCCACAUCCGCUGAGACGGCGAUGAACGAAGAAUUCCCGGACGUUGACAUCAUCCCAGAUCUCGACAGCAUUCCAGAGCUUGAGUUGAUGUAAGUUUGCAUUUGACAAGAAGAUAAUUAAGAAUCUCGUUCUAGGCUAUUAGUAUAGAUUAGAAAUAGAAAGUCCCAAGUAAGAAUCGAUCCAUGUUGCAUUCUGUAUACUGUUAGUUGAUCAAGUAUCAUUAAGAGUUACCUAUUGCUGUCUACCUCAUAGAUAAAAAGGAAACAAUUUUAUUGCAGAAUCAUUUAUGGCAUAUUGUUUUAGUAUAUCAGAUAGAACGGAAUUGUAUUUUAUAUCAAAUGUUUUAGGUAUAUAGAGAAAACAACCCAUUAUCAUGUUUGUUGUUUGUAGGUGAAGAAAGUUUUUAUUAGUGCAACUGGGUGGAAAAGCCCUUUGUGAAGCCGUAUAAUAUUUAUGCAGUUUGUACAGGAUGUUAUUUUUAAUUAUGAAUAAAUAAAAAGCCAUUUCAGCUGAAGUCGUGUCUCUUCUUUUUUCCUCCAUAGUGAUGUUGAAUAUCAGGACGACAUCUUCCCCAAUAGCGAAAAUGAAAGUGCAGUCAGACCGGAAAGGGAGACAACAGAUAGUGAUACGGACAGUGAGUCUGGUAGUGAUAGCUGUGAUAUAGAAGAACAACAAGACGAAUCACAGAUACAGUGUGUUGUAGAUAUUCCAGUCUGUCUACAAAACAUUGACCCGUUGGCACGUAAGCUACACGAAGCCCGUCAGGCGGGGCUUGUCCAAGAAGACCGCAUAUUCUAUAAGUGGCUGUCGGGAAAUCUGGACUACCUGCUCAGUGAAGAGCGCUUCGAGUGGGAUGAAGACGUUGUCGAAUUCUAUAGAUCAAUAAAAUAUCACGGUGGGGAAAGAACACUCAACUUCUUGAGAGGGCCAAUGCAUCUCGGGCAAGGUCGUGGUGGCACAAAAGACCCGAAGUCCGCUAAAAUGAACCUUGGUGGGCCCUCAAGCAUUACUGUUGCCAAGAAGAACGCGGGGUACACCACCAAAAGUGGAAUCCUCCAUGACUUGAUUCUCGCAUUCCAUGCGUUAGCUUGUGAUCAUCCCACAGACGUCAUACCCGUGAUCGACAAUAACACAGUCAAAGUCAUCCCUGUCGUGAUGCAAGGCGACGGGACAUCCCUCAAACCAGCAAUCCAGUUCGACCCACUCACAAAGACCAACGUAGGCCUGACCUUUCCCGUCGACUUAGAGUACGUGAGGGAAAACCAGGAACCUGACCUCAAGGUGUUAGAGGAAAAGAUCGUGUCCGAGGCCCACGUAAUGCUGUUAUACAGCUUGGACGGGAACCUCUCCAUGCCGGUAGCCGUAGACUACCUUGCGAAGAAAGGGAAGACGGGGGAGGCGAUGCAGCAAAUGUUUACCAACAGGGUGAAGACAGUCCAGACCUGCCGCAGGUGUCUCCAAAGAGCACAAGUCAGAGAAUUAGUUGUCGAGGACGCCCCAGACUGCGUAAGCCACUGUGACGCUUGCCUCACCAACGGCCUUGUGUGUGACGAGUGUGAAACACUUGGGCAUGAAUCAAUCUACCCGGCAGCUAGGGCAUGUUCCAUGUGCAUUGAGGAGAAACAACAGUGCCAGAAGGUACUUGUCAUGGCACUAAGCACAGAUUGUGAAGAGGGCAACAAGAAAGCCAUGAAAGGACUUGGUGAAAUAGUCGAUGUUGACCCUUACUUACAACUUCUUGUCCACAUUCCGGACGCAGUACAUGUGGGGAAGUCGUUGAAGGGUGGCUUUGCUAACUGGUUCCUGAUUGUACAAGGCGUUCGUGUCUGUCUAGCAGUUCUCUAUAUGCUGCGAAAGAGAGGCGACCGAGUCCUAAAAACACAACUAAGGAAAUUACUGCGGGAGGAUGAUGUCAGAAAUCGAGACCGCAUGUCCGUGGAAUCGGUGAGCCGACUCACUCAGCCUGCGGUUAUCCAACUACUGCGUACCACCGGGUGGGUGGUAUACACGAUCGUACCGGAUCUACUGAGAAAUCCUGAGACCAACAGACCAGGGAUGUAUCCCCACAUUGUUGCAGUAACCCCCGGUCCGUUCGGGUUCUACUUGGCCCUGGACUUCAACCCAUUAACAACACAUUCCCGCCUCAUCAAAGUAAG